CCAGGACAAAGGAUCUUUGUUUCUGUAACAUGGACACCAUCAGAAGAAGGGAAAGUCAGAGAACUGGUAACUUUUAUUAUUAAUGGCAUCGUAAAACAUCAAGUUGUGCUCCUGGGUGUUGCUGAGCAACCUCUGAAGAAAAAGAAGAGUCUUUGGAAUACUAUAAAAAAGAAAAACUCUUCAGGAACAUUUGCUUCAAUGAAAGUUGAAACAAGUACUUUGAAAGCUAAAAAUGUUAAUAAAACCUUUCAAGUUUCCCAGGAGGUGGAAAGACUUAGAAGCCCACUUCAGUCAUGUGAAAAUCAGAACACCAUGCAAAGUAAUAUAUCCUCAGGAAAUGACUCUCUUGUUGCCUCAGAAAAUAAAUUGCCAAUAUCUCCUAUUGCACCAGUGCUAGAGGAAUGUCGUAAUACUGGUGGCACACCGCUUGCAAUGAGAAGAUCUACUACAUUCUCCGAUAUUGCUGCUGCUGUGAAUGAGGCAUUACUGCCUGAAAUAGACAGCUGUAAUGUCAAGAAAUGUGCUAAUGAGCACAAUGAAUUAGAAUCUGAAAGUGCAUACAGUUCUACUGGGUUGGCACAGCCGCUGGUUUCAAACAAUGAGGUAAUUCUUAAUUGUACACUCUCACCAGUGUGCACUCCAGAACAUUCAGCAUCUCUGCCUGUUGUAAGUACAAGGAGAAUUUUAAGUCCAGAUUCCUUUGUAAAUGGCAGUUAUCAAGUGGAUAUAGAUACAAUACAGCAGUCUGUUCCAAUUCUGUCACCUGAUCAGUUUGUGAAAGACAGCUUGUCAGAUAAGCAAACCAAGACUCCAAAAUUUAAGGCAACUUCAGUGUUGUCUGCUGCAGAGACAUAUGUUGUAAAGAAAUUCCUACCCUCAAAAUGGAAAAAAAAAGAAAAUGUAGAGACAAAAACACACGUUCGUAUAGAACACAGCUUAAAUGAAGUCUUUGAGAUGCAUAAUGUAGAAUCACAGGUACUUCAUCAUGACAAACGCAAGGAAAAUCACUUCAGUUUUCCUUCUACAGAGGAACUGCAGACCUGCAGCUCUUAUCAGAGACUACAACCAAAAAAGCGUCCACUUCUUUCUGCCACUGUCAUCAAAAACAAGCCUGAUGCUGUUGAAGAAAAAAGAAUGGAAAUCCUCCAGCCAAAAUCUAAAAAGUGCCUUAGUAAAGCAAUAAUGGAAUGUGAUAAUGUGGUGCCUGUCCAUACAAAAGCAGAAAUAUCUAAAUGCCUUCCAGUUAUAGGUCUCAUUUCAGCUGAAAGUAAGUGCCACAAUGACAAAGUAAAUUCAUCUCCUACUGGAUCAACUUUGUGUCGUAAGAGGAAAAGUGAAACACAUGCAGAAAAUAGUAGAGUUGUGGCUCCAGUGUCUGUGGAAGAAGUGGAAAGAAAAAGAACUCUUACAUCUAGUGUGGACAAUAAACCGCAUACCACUAUGAGACCAUCAGCCCUCAAACCCACACACCGAGACAGAGUAGGGCAGAGAAAGAAAGCUGGUACUUCACUUCAGAAAGCAUCUAAAACUACCAACAGAAUUAGGAAACCCAUCCCUGGAUUGGCUCAGUCUCACCUGACAUUUGUGAAACCACUAAAAACAGCCAUUCCUAGGCACCCAAUGCCUUUUGCUGCUAAAAACAUGUUUUAUGAUGAGCGUUGGAAGGAGAAGCAGCAACGAGGUUUCACCUGGUGGUUAAAUUUUGUACUUACACCUGAAGACUUAAGUGUAAAAACAAACACCUCGCAAGUAAAUGCAGCUGCUCUUAUCUUGGGAGAAGAAAACUAUCAUAAAACCAGUGUUCCUAAAGCACCAACGAAAGAUGAAGCGUCACUAAAAGCUUAUACAGCUCAUCGCAAGCUGAAUAAAUUGCGACGUGAUGCUUGCCGCUUGUUUACGUCUGAAACAAUGGUGAAAGCUAUUAAGAAACUGGAAGUUGAGAUUGAAACUAGACGUUUGCUAGUUCGUAGAGACAGACACCUCUGGAAAGAUGUAGGUGAGAGGCAGAAAGUCCUUAACUGGCUUUUAUCUUACAACCCUUUGUGGCUGCGUAUAGGUCUGGAGACCAUUUAUGGAGAACUGAUAGCUUUGGAGAGUAAUAGUGAUGUUAUGGGUUUAGCAAUAUUUAUCCUUAAUCGUUUGCUUUGGAACCCUGACAUUGCAGCUGAGUACAGACAUCCCACUGUGCCUCACCUUUACCGAGAAGGUCAUGAAGAAGCUUUGUCAAAAUUCACAUUGAAAAAAUUGCUGUUGUUAGUUUGUUUUCUGGACUGUGCCAAACAGUCCAGAAUGAUUGACCAUGACCCUUGCCUCUUCUGUAAGGAUGCAGAGUUCAAGGCUAGCAAAGACCUUCUGCUUGCAUUUUCUCGGGACUUUCUGAGUGGCGAAGGCGACCUUUCCCGUCAUCUUAGUUUCUUAGGACUACCUGUCAGUCAUAUUCAAACUCCACUUGAUGAAUUUGAUUUUGCUGUAACCAAUCUGGCUGUGGACUUACAAUGUGGCAUUCGUCUUGUGAGAACAAUGGAACUCCUCACCAAAAACUGGAAUCUUUCAAAACAACUGAGAGUUCCUGCAAUAAGUCGUCUACAGAAGAUGCAUAAUGUUGAAGUUGUUCUUAAUGUCCUUAAAGAGCGAGGAAUUAACUUGAAAGAUGAAAGUGGUGUGUCAAUUGACUCCAGGGAUAUUGUGGACAGACACAGAGAACGAACAUUAGCACUGCUUUGGAAAAUAGUCUUUGCUUUCCAGGUGGAUGUUUUUCUUAAUGUUGAACAGUUAAAAGAAGAAAUUGAGUUUUUAAAAAGCGUACGCAAGAGGAAAAUACAAUUGGGUGCUUUCAAGACUUUUCCAAAUUCUUGUAGAGUACAAGAAGAUAACAGUGAUAUCUCCUCAACUCAAAGUUACAGUGAAAAUGUGAAGCUGCUGAUGGCAUGGGUUAAUGUUGUUUGUGGAUUUUACAAUAUAAAGGUGGAAAACUUCACAGUGUCUUUCUCAGAUGGUAGAGUAUUAUGUCAUUUGAUUCAUCAUUAUCAUCCAUGUUACAUGCCUUUGGAAGCUGUGUGCCAACGUACAACUCAAACAGUGGAAUACUCAAGAACUCAUAAAGUGGGACUAAAUUCUUCCUCCUCAUCCUCUUCAGAGUCUGAUACUUCUCUAAAAACAUUUUCUCUUUGCGAAACUCUAACUACCUCAGUCCUAUACAAGGAGCUCUUGGACAAUGAAAGGAAAAACUUCCAGCUGAUCAGUGCUGCAGUCGCUGACCUGGGUGGAAUACCAGCAAUGAUGCAUCACUCGGACAUGUCAAAUACAAUUCCUGACGAGAAGGUUGUUAUUACCUACCUGGCAUUUCUGUGUUCACGGCUUCUAGAUCUUCGGCGAGAAACUCGAGCUGCACGAUUAAUUCAGUCUGUUUGGAGGAAUUAUAGUCUGAAAAGGGAACUGAAACUCUCUCAGGAAAGAGACAGAGCUGCUCGGGUAAUUCAAAAGUCUGUAAUAAACUACUUGUCUCGUCGACGCUUCAUGAAGAAAGUGAAUGCAGCAGUUUUCAUCCAGAAGCACUGGAGAAGAUACUUGGCCAGGAUGACUUUUUUAAAUCUGAAAAAGACAAAACUGGAGGAAGCCAGAAGUAAAUGUGCCACAGUCAUACAGGGUUAUUGGAGGAGAUACUCUGCUAGGAAAAGAUAUUUACAGCUAAGACACUACGUUAUUGUUAUACAAGCAAGGAUAAGGAUGGUGAAGUCUGUUGCUGCAUAUAAACAAAUUGUUUGGGCUACUGUUACAAUCCAGAGUCAUCUGCGUGCAUCCAAGUGGGCAAAAAGAGAUCGGCAAAGAUACGAAAUCUUAAAGUCUUCAGCGCUUACUAUUCAGUCUGCCUUCAGAAAAUGGAGAAAACACAAAAUGCAACGGAAAAUUAAAGCCGCAUUAGUGCUUCAGACUUAUUUCCGAAAAUGGCAAUCUUCACAAUUGGCGAAAAGAAAGAGGGCUGCCCUUGUCAUACAGUCUUGGUAUAGGAUGCACAGAUCUCGGAAGUGGUAUCUGCUUAUUAAGCAAAGUGUUAUCAAGAUUCAGGCUUGGUACAGGUGUCACCUGGCUAGAUGUAUUUACCAGCAACACAGGGCAAAAAUAGUGACCAUUCAGCAGUAUUGCAGAGCUUAUAAACUAGGAAAAACUGAAAGAGAGUACUAUUUGCAAAAGCGUGCGGCAGCAGUAGUUCUCCAAGCUGCUUUUAGAGGCAUGAAGGCACGCAAACUCUACAGACAAACAAAAGCGGUUUGUGUUGUACAGUCACUGUGGAGAAUGAAAAAAGAAAAGCUAAGAUUUCUAAGGUUAAAAAAAUCUGUUACUACAUUGCAGUCACACGUCAGAAAAUACCAACAGGUAAAAAGAUACAAAGAGAUUAAAAAUGCUGCUUCUGUAAUCCCAACUUGGUAUGGGGAACAUUUAAUUUCUGAAAAAGCAGCUGUUUCUUUCCAGAGGAUGCACUUGGCUGCUAUUGUCCCAGAAUCUGCCUACAGUGGAAUGGAAGCUAGGAGAGAGGCUUGCAUAUUGAGAUCUGUGAUAAAAAUUCAGUCAAGCUACCGUGCUUAUAUUGCCUGGAAGAGAUUUAAAAUCUUGAAAGAUGCAACUGUGAAGAUUCAAGCUUUUGUAAAGAUGAGGCAAGCACGUAAGCAUUAUUGUGCUUUAAGGGAGGCAACACUUUAUGUCCAGCGAAGGUAUCGGUCUCAUAGAUACGCUCUUCAGCUUAAAGAAGAUUAUAGGAAAGGGAAGGCAGCUUGCAUAAGAAUUCAAGCUGUAGUUCGAGGCUAUCUUGUCAGGAAACAGAUACAAAGGUGGAGGGUGUCUGCAGUAUUUCUCCAGGCACACUACAGAAUGAGAAGGGACAGGCAACGUUAUUUAAGCAUCUAUUGUGCUGCUGUUGUCAUUCAAAAAUAUUAUCGUGCAUACAAAAAGCAACUGAGUCAGAGGCAGGAGUUCUUGCGAGUUAAAAAAGCAGCCGUGUGCUUACAGGCAGCCUACAGGAGUUAUAAAGCACGUGAAAAGCUUAAACUUAAACAUAGAGCAGCGAUUAAGAUCCAGACUGCUUUUAGAGCUCAUGCUGCACGAACGAAAUACAAGGCAAUGGUUCAGGCCUCCAUUGUGAUUCAGAGGUGGUACAGAACUUUUAAGAUUGGUAACAGGCAAAGACUGAACUUCUUAAUGACAAGAGCAGCAGUCCUUUCUUUACAAGCAGCUGUUCGUGGCUGGAAGGUACGAAAGCAGAUUCAAAGACAAUGUGUUGCUGCUACCCGGAUACAGUCUGCCUUCAGAAAAUGCAUGACUCGGAAAAAAUUCAGACUUAUGAACCGUGCUGUGCUAACAAUCCAAAAGCAUUACAGAGCCAGUGUUGUAGGCCAGAAACAACGGCAAGAAUAUGUUCAGCUGCGUAACUCUGCAGUGCAUCUUCAGGCAAUAUGGAGGGGGAGAACUGUGAGAAAAAUGAUUCAAAAGAAACAUUAUCUUGCAACAGUUAUUCAGUCCUAUUACAGAAUGCAUGUAAACCAACUAAAAUAUAAGAGACUGAGACAAGCUACUCUAGUGAUUCAGACAUACUUCAGAGCUUACUGUAUGAAAAAAGCCCAACGUGCAAUUUAUCUAAAAACAAAGGUAGCUGUGCUAGUCUUGCAGUCUGCUUACCGGGGGAUGACUGUGAGGAAACAGUUGAACAAGCUAAACAAAGCUGCUACAACUAUACAAGCUGCCUUCACCUCUUACAUGGUCAAAAAGGACUAUGAAAGACUUAGAUCUGCAGCUAUAGUAAUUCAAAGGCAUUAUUGUUCAGUUGUUCGUGUUAGAUGUCAAAGGCAGAAAUACUUGUCUUUGAAAAAAACCACAGGCAAAAUGCAGGCUGUUUAUAGAGGUGCAAGAGUUAGACGACAGAUUCGCUGUAUGCAUCGAGCAGCUGUUUGUAUCCAAGCCACGUUUAAGAUGCAUCGCAUGAACAUAAAAUAUCGGGCAAUGAGAAUGGCAGCAAUCACAAUUCAAAGACGAUAUAGAGCAUUUUGUUUGGGCAAAGUGCAACGUAAGAAGUACUUGGAACUGAAGAACUCUAUCAUUAUCCUUCAGGCUGCCUGUAGAGGCGCGAAGGUCCGCCAAGACUUAAAAACUAGGCAUCAGGCAGCAGCAAUAAUACAGUCUUAUUAUCGAAUGCACAAACAGCAGAGGGAUUUCAGAAAAUUGUUGCUGGCAACUAGGCAGAUUCAGCAGUGGUUCCGCGCUUGUAAAGAGCGAGAUACACAAGUUCACAACUAUACGAUUCUGAAAAGUGCUACACUUCGUAUCCAGGCUGCGUUCCGUGGUAUGAAAACAAGACGACUUACAAGAACUAUGAGCGAAUCGGCAGAGCUUAUUCAAAGAAGAUUUAGAACUUUUCUUAAAAGAAAACACUUUCUUUCCCUUAAGAGAGCUGCUAUUGUAAUUCAGAGAAGAUACAGAGCAAUGAAACUGGCAAAAAUUCAGCGUCAAGAAUAUCUCCGUAUCCAGGCUGCGUUCCGUGGUAUGAAAACAAGACGACUUACAAGAACUAUGAGCGAAUCGGCAGAGCUUAUUCAAAGAAGAUUUAGAACUUUUCUUAAAAGAAAACACUUUCUUUCCCUUAAGAGAGCUGCUAUUGUAAUUCAGAGAAGAUACAGAGCAAUGAAACUGGCAAAAAUUCAGCGUCAAGAAUACACUCUUUACAUACAGUCUGCUUAUAGAGGCUUUGUGGUAAGAAAAAAAAUACAGCAGAUGCAUCAAGCUGCUACAGUUAUUCAAGCAACGUUAAGAAUGCGUAAAAUUUACAUUUCUUAUCAAGCUGUCAGACUUGCUUCAGUAAUCAUACAGCAACGUUAUCGUGCUUACAGGGAAGGAAAGCGUGUGAGACAAAUAUACUUAAAACUGUACAAUUCUGUUUUAGUUCUUCAGGCUGCAUAUAGAGGGAUGAAAACAAGAUGCUUGUUGAAGAAAAGACAUGAGGCAGCACUUACAAUACAGAGAAACUAUCGAAUGUAUAGGCAGUACUGCCGUUACAGAAAAGUUCAGUGGGCAACCCAGCUAAUACAGGAGAGGUACAGAGCAAAUAACCUGAAGAAAAUUGCAGUACAGCGUUACUCUUCAUUAAAGAAAGCAGCAACUUGUAUUCAGAAGGCUUUUCGAGACAUGAGAGCAAAACGACAUCGAGCAAUGCACUGUGCUGCUAUUGUUCUUCAGAAAAAUUUUAAAGCUUUUAGAGAACGUCAAAGGUAUCUCUCUCUUAAAGCAGCUACUCUAGUCUUUCAGAGAAGAUACAGAGCAUUGGUUCUGUCAAGACAGUGUACUUUGGAGUAUCUUUCUCUUCGCCGAGCAACUAUUUAUGUACAGGCUGUGUACAGAGGUGUCAGGGUGCGGAAGCGUAUUGAGCGCAUGCAUUUAGCUGCUGGCACAGUACAGUCAGCCUACAGAAUGCACAGGAGUAGGAGGUCCUAUCAAAAUAUGAGGGUUGCGGCUAUUGUUAUACAGAACUAUUAUCGAUCCUACGUUAAAGGAAAGACUCAACGAAAGAAAUACAUGACAAUGAAGAAUUCUGCUCUUGUUAUUCAAGCCUCAUACAGAGGCAUGAAGGAACGACAAAAGCUGAAAGUCAUGCAUGUUUCAGCAACUAAAGCAGCAGCAAUAAUGAUCCAGUCUAUCUUCCGAUGCCAAAGAACAAGGACUCGCUAUAAAUUGAUUCGGAGUUCAGCAGUUGCUAUUCAGAGGUGGUACAGAGCAUGUCACCAGGCUCGUUUACAGAAAGCAGAGUAUUCUGCUCAAAGACAAGCAAUAGUAAUUAUUCAGUCUGCCUUCCGUGGUAUGAAAGCAAGAAAAAUUGCAAGACAAAUACGAGCUGCAAGAAAGAUUCAGUCUUUUCUUCAGAUGGCUGUGCAGCGUAGAAAACUUACUCAGCUUAGAAGAGCAGCUACUACCUUACGAGCCUAUUACUUAAUGCAUAAAACUAAAUCACAGUAUACAAGCUAUAAAAAAGCAGCAGUUGUCUUACAACGAUGUUACCGAUCCCACUUGGCUGUGAAACACCAAAGAAUGGCUUACUUACAAACCCGGAGGAACAUUAUCAUUGUGCAGGCUAGAGUCAGAGGAUUCAUAGAAAAGAAGAAGUUUCACAGAAUUAAAGACAGCACAAUAAAGAUUCAGGCAUCAUAUAGAGGAUAUAAAGCCAGGAAGUGGGUUAACAAAAUAAGAGCAGCACAAGUAAUUCAAGCCUGGUUUCGAGGCUGCAGAGCACGAAAGGAAUAUGCAUGUGUGCUAAAAGCGAUACGUGUUAUUCAGGGUCACUUCAGAGCAAAACUGCAGCGGACUUGGUUUUUGAAAAUGAAGUUCUGUGCACUUACCAUUCAGAGGAGAUGGAGAGCAACCCUUACUGCACGAAUGAUUCAACAUCAGUUUCUGGCAACUAAGAAUCUUCAAGCUGCACGUUUGAUACAAAAAGCAUACAGAGGUUUCAUGGCAAGGAGGAAACUUGUUCAACAAAAAGCUGCUGCUGUAAUUAUCCAAAAGUAUAUGAGGGCUUGGCAGGAAGGCAGGUUUCAGUAUAUGAAAUACAACAAAACUAGAAGAGCUGUCAUUAAACUGCAAGCAGUUAUACGGGGCUAUUUAGUCAGAAAAAAGAUCUCAGAACAGAAACAAAAGAAAAGGCUACUUUAUUUUACAUCAGCUGCAUAUCAUCAUAUUUCUGCAAUUAAAAUUCAAAGAGCGUAUAGGACUCACCUCCUCUUAAAAUUUGCACAAAACCAGAACUCAUCUGUUCUUAUAAUACAGAGAUGGUUCCGAGCAAAACUGCAACAGAAGAGAUUUCUAAGAGAUUAUCAAAGAAUCAUUCAUUUACAACAUGCAAUUCGAGGCUGGCUAAAUCACAGGAAUGAUGCAGCAGCAAGAAUCCAGCGAAAUGUACGAAGGUUCCUUGCCUGUAGACGUAGGAGAAGAUUUGCAGUUGGAAUAAUUAAAUUUCAGGCAUUGUGGAGAGGAUAUUUUUGGAGAAAGAGUAAUGACACAGCAAAAAUGAAAGCUUUAAGACAUAGUUUGGAAAAGGCUAAUGAAAAGAGCAGAGAAGAAAACAAACUGUGCAACAGAACUGCAAUUGCUAUUGAAUAUCUUCUAAAAUACAAACAUCUCUCUUAUAUCCUUGCAGCAUUAAAGCAUCUUGAGGUGUCUACCAGGCUGUCCCCACUCUGUUGUGAAAAUAUGGCCCAGAGCAGAGCAAUCUUCACUAUUUUUGUUCUGAUCCGAAGUUGCAACCGGAGCGUUCCAUGCAUGGAUGUGAUCAGAUACUCGGUUCAGGUUUUACUUAAUGUUUCAAAGUAUGAAAGAACUACUCAAGCAGUUUAUGAAGUAGAAAAUUCUAUACAUACAUUACUAGACCUACUGCAGAUGUACAGAGGGAAAGCUGGGGACAAAAUUUCAGAGAAAGGAGGAAGCAUUUUCACAAAGACUUGUUGUUUGUUGGCCAUCCUUUCAAAGGACUCAAAAAGAGCUUUGGAAAUUCGAAGCAUGCCGAGAGCUGUUACUUGCAUCCAAAGCCUGUAUAAACUUACAGCUCAUAAACACAAAAUGGAUGCAGAGAGAACACUUGUGAAGCAGAAAACAAGCACGUUCUUAAGUGGAACUUCCUUUGUUCCAGUAACUCCUGUAAGAAUAAAAACAGUUUCAAGAAUUAAACCAGACUGGGUUUUGAGGAAAGAUAACAUGCAAGAAGUUGUAGAUCCUCUGCAAGCAAUUCUGAUGGUGAUGGAUACACUUGGUAUUGCCUGCUACUGAAAUGUAAAU